CGUUGAGUUAUUUGUUGCAUGAUUUUUACGUGUUUUACGUGUGUUGUACCGCAUCUAAUUUAACGUACGGUGUUCAAUGUGAAAGCUAUUGCCUCUGAGAACAUUAAUUUAGUGAAAUUCUUGUGAUAAAGCUUAGUGACUUUUGUUGUGAUAAUAGUGUUGUGCUUUGCUGUUUUGUUUUGUUCCUCUCGAUCAACUAUCGCACACGUCCCAUCGUUCACUUUUGUGGCAACAGCGCCAUCUGUUAACUAGUAGCAGAAACAACUUGCACUCAAGCUUGCAUCCACUGUAUAUUGGUCAAACCACAGACAAGAGAACAUUACACAUCACAAUGGCUUGUGCACAGUGCCAGAAAGUUGUUUCUAACUCUGACCGGAUUUUUUGUCAAGGAUACUGCGGUAAACCAUUCCACAUGAUUUGUGCCAAAGUCGACAUCCCGCUUUUGGAUCAGCUGGGGCUUUAUGCAAACAAUGUGUUUUGGAUGUGCAAUUGUUGCGCCGAACUAUUCAAAAACAGCAGCUUCAGAAACAUGAUCGACAAUGGAACAAGCGGUUGUUCUGAACCGAAGGAAAUUGUCUCGCUGAAGGACGAUAUUGCCAAGCUUAGCCAAGUUGUAGAGGGUUUGGCCGCAAAAGUCGAUGCGAAAACACUGGCUCCUAACAAGUCGACAGCGUGGGUAAACGCGAAACGGUCUGCUAUGGAAUCAAACACCCCUAAACGCAGGCGCGGUGACACCGGCAGUCCUAUUUCCAGCCCUACGAUGCCAACCAGGACCUGUGGAACCAAGCCAAUGAGCGCUUUCGACCCCCAAACGACUGAAGCUGAAAUAGCAUCUCUGGUUCGUGAAUGUUUGGAUUUGGGCUCUUGCACUGAGCCUAAAGUUAUAAAACUGGUUCCUAAGGGCAAGGAGCUCAGCGCAAUGAACUUCGUGUCUUUCAAGAUUGGGAUCAGUUCAAAAUUAAGAUGCUCUGCGUUGUCACGAGACUCAUGGCCGGAAAAUGUCAUAUUUCGAGAAUUCGAGGAUCGUUCAAAAAACCAGCUCAGAAUUACCAGGAUCAAUCGAAUUCUACCAGUGGAACCACAACCAUCAGAAGGAGAUCCAGUUGUACAGAUGGACGCUUAAUACCCGGCAUAUCACCGCUACCUCCAUCGCUUCAUUCUUCAGGAAUACUGUGCACCGCAUCUUCAGGUCAGAUACCGGGAUGCAAACUUGCCGCACGCACAGUGGAAGCCCCUAAUCUGCCCAUCACA